AAUCGACAAUAGUUGUUUUAUAGUUAAAUUUUGGCUUCUAUCUGAUUGAAAAUUAUCUCCUAAAAUAUUGAAUAAAUUUAAACAUUUGCAGGAUUCUAAAUGGAACUUUUCAUUAUCUCGUAAAGAAAUGUGAAUUUAACUUAAUGCAAAGAAAGUUUCAAAAUUAUAACGAAUAACUCCUGGGAAUUUUUAAAUGCUUUCAUGUAUUGUUAUUUUCUCAUGAAUCGUCAGCGACAUCACCUAUCUCUUAACGCCCCUAAGUUGUUAAAAAAUAUAUCUUAAUUGUGGAAAUAGUUUUCUUUUUUGGACCAUAAUGAAAACCACACGCCCGUGCCGAUCUACGAGAAUAUGUAUAUAGAAUUUGUUAAUAUGUAAGCUGUGUCUAGGUCGUGAGGUACCCGUGGCACACGACCACCGGUGACCACGAUGGCGGCCACUCCUUAGAUACCUAUUCCAAAAUACCGAUACAAUUACGACUUCCGAGGUUCCUCUCAGAAGAGAACCAUAUUGCACACUUUCACCGCGAAAAAAAAACGAAUCUGUGGUAAACAACAAAAUGGGGAAUCAUAUGCAUAAAUGAAUGGUGAUGGAUCGGCGGUGGAGUCCAAGUAGUGGCAGUAUGGGUGGUGCUAAUUGCCGGGGCAUUCGGCGUAUGAUGAACCGUUAAAUCGAAACUGGAGCAGUGGCCCAAUAAUAAUGCACGCGGCCCACGGAUUAGCACCUUUCCAAGAGCCCCUGCUUCUACGACGAUGUUCUAGAUACUCACCAUUAGCACCAUCUUCAGACAAGGUUUUUCUGGCCCAGCACCGGAACUCUUCGCUUAGUUGACGGCUUAACUCCGACCCGAUUGGCCGAAAGGUCUUUACAAGAAAAAGGAUUAAUAUUAAAAGAACAAAGGAUUACAAUAACGGAUAAUGUCGGCCUAUGAGGAAAUGACAGCCAAGACGCCACGACGUCUGACUCCCAUCUGGUUUCUGGUUCUCACACUGCUUCUAUUUGUGACCACCCUAACGGCUGUGGCUCUGAUCGAAGCUGGACGAGAACAGAGCCAUUCCAUCGGGGAAAGUGACCUUGUGAUUCUUAGACGCAUGUGGAGCCACUUCCGUGGAGGAGCUGAGAAUGAUACGGAAGUGGCCACCGUGGAACGUAUCGCCAGGGAGGCCAACAACACAAGUUCUUCAGCUCGCGAGGGCAGAGGCUACUACGAGGAGCAACAGGCUGUGGUGGUGAAUGAGGAGCGAAUGGACACUCCGAUGAGCCAACGACAGAAUGAGUUCGGCCCGCCUCAGAGCAGGGAGGAUUCGUACGAACAGGAUCCCUACUACGAUGCAGCAGAUGAUUACGGACCAGGGCAAUACCCGUAUCCAGAAUCCCGCCAAAAGCCAGCAGAGGAGGAGCAGUUCUAUGACAAGGACGAUUCCUCGGCGGACACUGAGCAGGGAAGAGCGUCUCAUGGUCACCCAUAUGACUCGUAUUACGCUCCUUGGUCGCGUCCCCAAAAUCCAGCUCCGGUGGCCACACAUCCCGCUGCCGAGGGAGAUAACCGGAAGCUCCAAGCUUCCCCAAACAGAUCUCCUUAUCCAGCUUAUGAUGAUGUUUACGACUACCCCAUGGGCUUCCAGCCACGACCACACGUGGGAGCUUCAAUGGCCAAGCAGGCCGAGCCCGUAACCGAAAUUGCAGUGGCCACAGUUCAGACAGAAUCCACACUGGUAACCGUGUUGAAGAGCCUGAAACAAAUAUGGGAUCUGUAUCAGGCUUUGAUGAGUGCCUGGAAUGCUGUUAGUGAACGCCACCAGCAGAGCACCGAGAAGUUCCGAAAGGAACAGGCAGAAAAGCAGGCCGAGAAGGAGCGGCUGCGUCAGCAGCAACAGCAGAAGACGAGGAUCAACUCAAAGAAACCGCCACGAAUGGAGGGUGACAAGAAGAACCAAAACAAAAAGACCACCACGACGACAACCAAAUCCACAACCACAACCACUUCCACGACCACAUCUUCUCCAGAAAGUUCUGAGGAAGAUACGGAAGAGAAAGUGGAGAAGGUCUCCCCGCCCACAGCUGUGGUGGCCCGCAAGGGGGAAAAGGGCAACCUGAGAUCUGUGCGAGGACUGCGCCAGAGACGCGAUGCUGAGGCUGAGGAAAAGGCUGACUCCGACGUGGGCGAAGGCCGUUACAUCAAGGGUGAUCCCCUAAAGGGAUACUACGAUUUCGUCAUCACAGAGGGUUCCUACAAGUUUUGGGCUGUUUUCCAGGUGGGAACCGCUCUUCUGAUUAUCUACUCGACAUUCGCUGCCAUUUACUACUCCAAGGUGAAUCCGUUGACCAGUGACUAUGAUUACACGGAUUACUUGGGUGGAGUGCGUUCUCUCUCCGGUGGCGAUGCCGAUUUCGUCGAUGAUGGCGAUGCAGUAGUACCACCGGUUUCCACCACAUCCCGCAUAAUGGAGUGGAUUCCUAAGACGACGCAAUCGAUCAAGUUCAUCCUAGAUGCGAUCGACAAAAUGCCACAGGAUCACGACAAGGACAAAGAGCCGGGAUGGUCGACGGGGAAAACGGAAGCGGAAACGGCAAUGAGAUAGGGGACUGUUUAAAAUAUUUUAAUAAAAAAUUAAAAAAAAAGAAAA